AUGGCGCCGCCGCCCGUGCUGCCCGCGCUGCUGCUCCUGGCCGCGGCCGCCGCCCUGUCCGCGCCGGGGCUGCGGGCGGCCGCCUGGGAGCUGCGCGUGCCCGGCGGGGCCCGCGCCCUCGCCCUGGGGCCCGCGUGGACCUCCGCGCCGGACGCCGCGCGCGCGCCGCGGGAGCCGCUGGACGUGAGCCGCGAGGGGCGGCCGGCGGGGCGGCGGCGCGGGCCGGGCGCGGGGCCCCGGGGCUGCGCGCGCCUGGGGGGGCGCCCGCCGCCGCCGCUCGUCCGCCCGGCGGCCCGCGCCGCCCCGACGGCCCUGCGCCUCCGCCUGCGCGCGCGCGCCCUCGGCCCCGGCGGCGGCGCCCGGCCCCGGCCCCGGCGGGGACUCGCCCCGAGCGCGGAGCUGCGCGCGCGGGCGGUGCUCGCGGUGCCGGGCCCGGGCGCGGCGCGGUGCUUCCCGGCGCGCGGCGGCGAAGGGGCCGCGCUGCACUCGGCGCUCGCCGCCCUGACCGCCUUCCCCGCCUGCCGCUGCCCCGCGCGCGCCGGGGCCCGCUGCCCGCGCCGCCCCGUCUGCCUGGCGCCCGGCGCCUCGGCCCGCCUGCGCCUGCUGUGCGCCCUGAGGCGCGCGGCCGGCGCCGCGCGGGUGGAGCUGGCGCUGGAGGCGGCCCCGGGCACGCGCCCCCCGGCGGGGCAGGGGCUGGGGCCGGGGCCGGGGCCGCCGCGGCGGGCCCGACGGGGCGCCGGCGGCGGCAGCACGAGCCCGCAGUUCCCGCUGCCCAGCUACCAGGUGUCGGUGCCCGAGAACGAGCCGGCGGGCACCGCGGUCAUCGAGCUGCGGGCGCACGACCCCGACGAGGGCGAGGCGGGGCGCCUGCGCUACCAGAUGGAGCCGCUGUUCGACGAGCGCUCGGGCGCGUUCUUCCUCAUCGACCCCGCCACGGGCGCCGUGACCACGGCGCGCGAGCUGGACCGCGAGACCAAGGACACGCACGUGCUCAAGGUGAGCGCCGUGGACCACGGGUCCCCGCGCCGCUCGGCCGCCACCUACCUCACCGUCACGGUCAGCGACACCAACGACCACAGCCCGGUGUUCGAGCAGGCGGAGUACCGCGAGCGCGUGCGUGAGAACCUGGAGCUGGGCUACGAGGUGCUGACCAUCCGCGCCACCGACGGGGACGCGCCCUCCAACGCCAACAUGCGCUACCGCCUGCUCGAGGGCGCGGGCGGCGUCUUCGAGAUCGACGCGCGCUCGGGCGUGGUGCGCACACGCGCGCCCGUGGACCGCGAGGAGGCGGCCGCGCACCGGCUGCUGGUGGAGGCCACGGACCAGGGCCGCGACCCGGGCCCGCGCAGCGCCACGGCCGCCGUGCACAUCGCCGUGGAGGACGAGAACGACAACUACCCGCAGUUCAGCGAGAAGCGCUACGUGGUGCGCGUGGCCGAGGACGUGGCGGUCAACACGCCCGUGCUGCGCGUGCAGGCCAGCGACCGCGACCAGGGCCAGAACGCGGCCAUCCACUACAGCAUCAUCAGCGGGAACCUGCGCGGCCAGUUCUACCUGCACUCGCUGAGCGGCAGCCUGGACGUGAUCAACCCGCUGGACUUCGAGGCCAUCCGCGAGUACACGCUGCGCAUCAAGGCCCAGGACGGCGGCCGGCCCCCGCUCAUCAACUCCUCGGGGCUGGUCUCGGUGCAGGUGCUGGACGUGAACGACAACGCGCCCAUCUUCGUGAGCAGCCCCUUCCAGGCGGCCGUGCUGGAGAACGUGCCCGUCGGACACUCGGUGCUGCACAUCCAGGCCGUGGACGCGGACGCGGGCGAGAACGCGCGCCUGCGCUAUCGCCUGGUGGACACGGCGGCGGCCCCCGCGGGGGGCGGCCCGGCGGUGCCCGGAGACCCCGCGGCGGCCCCCGCCUUCCCGUUCCAGAUCCACAACAGCUCGGGCUGGAUCACCGUGCGCGCGGCGCUGGACCGCGAGGAGGUCGAGCACUACAGCUUCGGCGUGGAGGCCGUGGACCACGGCUCGCCGCCCAUGAGCGCCUCGGCCAGCGUGUCCAUCACCGUGCUGGACGUCAACGACAACGACCCCGCGUUCACGCAGCCGGUGUACGAGCUGCGCCUGAACGAGGACGCGGCCGUGGGGAGCAGCGUGCUGACCCUGCGCGCCCACGACCGCGACGCCAACAGCGUGAUCACCUACCAGCUCACGGGCGGCAACACGCGCAACCGCUUCGCGCUCAGCAGCCAGAGCGGCGGCGGCCUCAUCACCCUGGCGCUGCCGCUGGACUACAAGCAGGAGCGCCAGUACGUGCUGGCCGUGACGGCGUCGGAUGGCACGCGCCAGCACACCGCGCAGGUCUUCAUCAAUGUCACGGACGCCAACACGCACCGGCCAGUCUUCCAGAGCUCCCACUACACGGUGAGCGUCAGCGAGGACCGGCCCGUGGGCACGUCCAUCGCCACCAUCGGCGCCACGGACGAGGACACGGGCGAGAACGCACGCAUCACCUACGUGCUGGAGGACCCGGUGCCGCAGUUCCGCAUCGACGCGGACACGGGCACCAUCUACACCACCACCGAGCUGGACUACGAGGACCAGGCGGCCUACACGCUGGCCAUCACGGCGCGGGACAACGGCAUCCCCCAGAAGUCGGACACCACGUCCCUGGAGAUCCUCAUCCUGGACGCCAACGACAACGCGCCGCGCUUCCUGCGGGACCUCUACCAGGGCUCCGUGCUGGAGGACGCGCCCCCGUCCACCAGCGUCCUCCAGGUCUCGGCCAGCGACCGGGACUCGGGGCCCAACGGCCGCCUGCUGUACACCUUUCAGGGCGGUGACGACGGCCACGGGGACUUCUACAUCGAGCCCACGUCCGGCGUGAUUCGCACCCAGCGCCGCCUGGACCGGGAGAACGUGGCCGCCUACACCCUCCGAGCCCUGGCCGUGGACCGGGGCAGCCCAGCGCCCCUGAGCGCCUCCGUGGAAGUCCAGGUGACCGUCCUGGACAUCAACGACAACCCCCCGGUGUUCGAGCGGGACGAGCUGGAGCUGCUGGUGGAGGAGAACAGCCCGGUGGGGUCGGUGGUGGCGCGCAUCCGCGCCGACGACCCCGACGAGGGCCCCAACGCCCAGAUCAUGUACCAGAUCGUGGAGGGGAACGUGCCCGAGGUCUUCCAGCUGGACCUGCUGAGCGGGGACCUGCGGGCCCUGGUGGAGCUGGACUUCGAGGCGCGGCGGGAGUACGUGCUGGUGGUGCAGGCCACGUCCGCCCCGCUGGUGAGCCGGGCCACCGUGCGCGUCCGCCUGGUGGACCAGAACGACAACCCGCCGGCGCUGCCCGACUUCCAGAUCCUCUUCAACAACUACGUCACCAACAAGUCCAGCAGCUUCCCCACAGGCGUGAUCGGCCGCGUGCCGGCCCACGACCCCGACCUCUCCGACAGCCUCCGCUACACCUUCCUGCGGGGCAACGAGCUGCAGCUGCUGCUGCUGGACCCGGCCACAGGCGACCUGCAGCUCAGCCGGGACCUGGACAACAACCGGCCGCUGGAGGCCCUCAUGGAGGUGUCUGUCUCUGACGGCGUCCACAGCGUGGCGGCCCUCUGCACGCUGCGGGUCACCAUCAUCACGGACGACAUGCUGACCAACAGCAUCACCGUGCGCCUGGAGAACGUGUCGCAGGAGCAGUUCCUGUCCCCGCUGCUGUCGCUGUUCGUGGAGGGCGUGGCCACGGUGCUGUCCACCACCAAGGAGGACGUGUUCGUCUUCAACGUCCAGAACGACACGGGCGUCAGCGCCAGCAUCCUGAACGUGACCUUCUCCGCGCUGCUCCCCGGUGGCGCCCGUGACCGGUUCUUCCCCUCGGAGGACCUGCAGGAGCAGAUCUACCUGAACCGGACGCUGCUGACCGCCGUGUCCACCCAGCGCGUGCUGCCCUUCGACGACAACAUCUGCCUGCGGGAGCCCUGCGAGAACUACAUGAAGUGCGUGUCCGUGCUGCGCUUCGACAGCUCCGCGCCCUUCAUCAGCUCGGCCGCCGUGCUCUUCCGGCCCGUCCGCCCCGUCCACGGCCUGCGCUGCCGCUGCCCGCCCGGCUUCACUGGCGACUACUGCGAGACCGAGAUCGACCUGUGCUACUCCAGCCCCUGCGGGGCCCACGGGCGCUGCCGCAGCCGCGAGGGCGGCUACUCCUGCGAGUGCCUGGAGGGCUUCACCGGAGAGCACUGCGAGGUGAGCGCCCGCUCGGGCCGCUGCGCGCACGGAGUGUGCAGGAACGGGGGCACCUGCGUGAACUUGCUCAUCGGCGGCUUCCACUGCCUGUGCCCCCCCGGCGCGUUCGAGAGGCCCUACUGCGAGGUGACCACACGCAGCUUCCCCCCCGGGUCCUUCGUCACCUUCCGGGGCCUGCGGCAGCGCUUCCACUUCACCCUGGCGCUCACGUUCGCCACGCGGGAGAGGAACGCCCUGCUGCUCUACAACGGCCGCUUCAACGAGAAGCACGACUUCAUCGCCCUGGAGGUGGUGGACGAGCAGGUGCAGCUCACCUUCUCGGCAGGCGAGACCACCACCACCGUGGCGCCGCAGGUCCCGGGGGGCGUGAGCGACGGGCGCUGGCACGCGGUGCAGGUGCAGUACUACAACAAGCCCAACAUCGGCCGCCUGGGCCUGCCCCACGGCCCUUCCGGGGAGAAGGUGGCCGUGGUGACCGUGGACGACUGUGACACCGCCGUGGCCGUGCGCUUCGGCAGCUUCGUGGGCAACUACAGCUGCGCCGCCCGCGGCACCCAGAGCGGCUCCAAGAAGUCCCUGGAUCUGACCGGCCCCCUGCUGCUGGGGGGCGUCCCCAACCUGCCCGAGGACUUCCCGGUGCACAACCGGCAGUUCGUGGGCUGCAUGCGGAACCUGUCGGUGGACGGCCGGAACGUGGACAUGGCCAGCUUCAUCGCCAACAACGGCACCAUGGCGGGCUGCGCCGCUCAGAGGAACUUCUGCGAGGGAACCUGGUGUCAGAACGGGGGCACCUGUGUCAGCAGGUGGAACACCUACUUCUGCGAGUGCCCGCUGCGCUUCGGCGGCAAGAAUUGCGAGCACGCCAUGCCUCACCCGCAGCGCUUCAGCGGGGAGAGCGUCGUGUCCUGGAGCGACCUGGACAUCACCAUCUCCGUGCCCUGGUACCUGGGCCUCAUGUUCCGCACGCGCAAGGCGGACGGCGUGCUGAUGGCGGCCGUGGCCGGCUCGUCCUCCCGGCUCCACCUGCAGAUCCUGAACAGCUACGUCCAGUUCGAGGUGUCCCACGGCCCCUCAGAGGUGGUGUCCAUGAGGCUGUCCAGAGCACGCGUGACCGACGGGGAGUGGCACCACCUGCUGAUCGAGCUGAAGAGCGCCAAGGAGGGCAAGGACAUCAAGUACCUGGCGGUCAUGACCCUGGACUACGGGGUGGACCAGGACGCCAUGCAGAUCGGGAACCGGCUGCCGGGGCUGAAGAUGAGGAGCGUCGUGGUCGGGGGCGUGUCCGAGGACAAGGUGUCCGUGCGCCGCGGCUUCCGGGGCUGCAUGCAGGGAGUGAGGAUGGGGGAGACGCCCACCAACGUGGCCACGCUGAGCAUGAAGGACGCUCUCAAGGUCAGGGUGAAGGACGGCUGUGACCUGGAGGACCCCUGCACCUCCAGCCCCUGCCCCCGGCACAGCCGCUGCCGGGACGCCUGGGACGCCUUCGCCUGCGUCUGUGACAAAGGGUACUUCGGGCAUAGGUGCGUGGACGUGUGUCGCCUGAACCCCUGCGAGCAGGUGUCGGCCUGCGUGCUCAGCCCCGGCUCCCCGCGGGGCUACGAGUGCCAGUGCGCGGCCGGCCGCUAUGGGCCGUACUGCGAGAACAAGAUCGACCUUCCUUGCCCCAAAGGCUGGUGGGGGAACCCUGUGUGCGGACCUUGCCACUGUGCCGUCAGCAAAGGCUUUGACCCCGACUGUAACAAGACCAACGGGCAGUGCCAAUGCAAGGAGAACCACUACCGGCCCCCGGAGCAGGACGCCUGCCUGCCGUGCGACUGCUUCCCGCAGGGCUCCCGCAGCCGGGCCUGCGACGUGGACACCGGGCAGUGUGCCUGCAAGCCCGGCGUCGUCGGCCGCCAGUGCAACCGCUGCGACAACCCCUUCGCCGAGGUCACCGCGCUGGGCUGCGAAGUGAUCUACAGCGGAUGUCCCAGAGCCUUCGAGGCGGGAAUCUGGUGGCCCCAGACCAAGUUCGGACAGCCGGCCGCGGUGCCCUGCCCCAAGGGGUCUGUGGGGAACGCCGUCCGGCACUGCAGCGGGGAGAAGGGCUGGCUGCCCCCCGAGCUCUUCAACUGCACCAGCUCUUCCUUCGUGGAGCUCAAAGCCCUGAACGAGAGGCUGAGCCGGAACGAGACGCGCAUGGACAGCGACACGUCCCUGCGGCUGGCCAAGGCCCUGCGCGGCGCCACCCAGCGCUCGGGCGCGCUCUUCGGCAAUGACGUGCGGACGGCCUACCAGCUGCUGUCGCGCGUCCUGCGGCACGAGAGCCAGCAGCAGGGCUUCGAGCUGGCGGCCACGCGGGACGCCGACUUCCAUGAGGACAUCGUCCACGCCGGCAGCGCCCUCCUGGCCCCGGGCACGCGGGCCGCGUGGGAGCAGAUCCACCGGAGCGAGGGCGGCGCCGCGCAGCUCCUGCGGCACUUCGAGGCCUACUUCAGCACCGUGGCCCGCAACGUGCGGAGGACCUACCUGCGGCCCUUCGUCGUGGUCACCGCCAACAUGGUCCUCGCCGUCGACGUCUUUGACAAGCUCAACUUCACGGGAGCCAGGGUCCCGCGGCUCCGGGACGCGGGAGAGGAGGUCCCCAGGGAGCUGGCGUCCUCCGUCGUCUUCUCCGCCGACUUCUUCAGACCACGUGAGAAGAAAGAGGGCCCCACGGUGAGGCCGGCCGGCAGGAGGGCCGCCCCGCAGCAGACGGCGUGGCCAGGGUCCGGGGCCCAGGGGGAGGCCCCGUUCCAGAGGCGCAAGCGGCACCCUGACGAGCCGGGCCAGUUUGCCGUCGCCCUGGUCAUCAUCUACCGGAACCUGGGGCAGCUCCUGCCCGAGCACUACGACCCUGACCACCGCAGCCUGCGGCUGCCGGCCCGGCCGGUCAUCAACACGCCGGUGGUGAGCGCCGUGGUGUACAGCGAGGGGGGCGCGCCGCUGCCGGGGCCCCCGGAGCCGCCCGUGCUGGUGGAGUUCACCCUGCUGGAGACGGAGGAGCGCAGCAAGCCGGUCUGCGUGGUCUGGAACCACUCCCUCAGCGUGGCUGGGUGGUCGGCCAAAGGCUGCGAGCUGCUGUCCCGGAACCGGACCCACGUUGCCUGCCAGUGCGGCCAGGCCUCCAGCUCGGCGGUGCUCAUGGACGUCUCCCGACGCGAGCACGGGGAGGUCCUGCCGCUGAAGAUCGUCACCUACGUCGCGGUGGGCCUGGCCCUGGCCGCCCUGCUGCUGGCCUUCGUGCUCCUGGCACUGGCGCGGGCGCUGCGCUCCAACCUGCACAGCAUCCACCGGAACCUCGUGGCCGCCCUCUUCCUCUCGCAGCUGGUCUUCGUGGCCGGGAUCGCGCAGACCGACAGCCCGUUCCUGUGCACGGUCAUCGCCAUCCUGCUGCACUACGUGUACAUGAGCACCUUCGCCUGGGCCUUCGUGGAGAGCCUGCACGUGUACCGCGUGCUGACCGAGGCCCGCAACAUCGACGCGGGGCCCAUGAGGUUCUACUACGUCGUGGGCUGGGGCAUCCCGGCCAUUGUCACAGGACUGGCCGUGGGCCUGGACCCCCAGGGCUAUGGGAACCCCGACUUCUGCUGGCUGUCCCUCCGAGACACCCUGAUCUGGAGCUUUGUGGGCCCCGUCGGCGUGGUCCUGGUGGUCAACACGGUCAUUUUUGUCCUGUCCGCGAAGGUUUCCUGCCAGAGAAAGCACCACUACUAUGACAGGAAGGGGGUCGUCGCCCUGCUGAGAACCGCCUUCCUGCUGCUGCUGCUGGUCAGCGCCACCUGGCUGCUGGGGCUGCUGGCCGUCAACAGCGACGCGCUGGCCUUCCACUACCUCUUCGCCGUCUGCAGCUGCUCGCAGGGCCUCUUCGUCCUGCUGUCCCACUGUGUGCUCAACAGGGAGGUCCGCGCCCACCUGAAGGGGGUGCUGUCUGGAAAGAAGCCUCACCCUGACGACUCAGCCACCACCAGGGCCACCUUGCUGACGCGCUCCCUCAACUGCAACAACACCUACUGCGAGCAGCCGGACCUGUUCCGCACCGCCCUGGGCGAGUCCACUGCCUCGCUGGACAGCACCCUCAGGGAUGACGGGGCCCAGAAGCUCAGCGUGUCCUCCGGGCUGGCGCGGGGCGGCCUCGGGGAGCCAGACGCGUCCUUCGCCCCCCGGAGCAGCAAGAAGGCCCACGGCCACGACUCGGACUCGGACAGCGAGCUGUCCCUGGACGAGCACAGCAGCUCCUACGCCUCCUCACACUCCUCGGACAGCGAGGACGAUGGCGGGGAGGCCGAGGACAAGUGGGACCCGGCCCGGGGCCCUACCCACAGCACCCCCAAAGUGGACGCUGCGGCUGGCCACACCCCGGGCGGCUGGCCCGACGAGAGCCUGGCCGGGAGCGACAGCCAGGACCCGCGGGAGGGGCCGGGCCUCAAGGUGGAGAACCGGGUCAGCGUGGAGCUGCACCCCGAGGCCCCGGGCAACCACUGCAGCCAGCGCCCCCCAGACCCGGAGGGCGGAGCCCCUCCCAGGCCCGCGGCCGCGCCCCCCAGCCAGCCCCCGGAGCAGAGGAAAGGCAUCCUGAAGAACAGGGUGGCCUACCCGCCCCCGCUGAGCGACAAGACCCUCAAGUCGCGGCUCCGGGAGAAGCUGGCCGGGUGCGAGCAGAGCCCCGCGUCCUCGCGCUCCUCCUCCCCGGGCUCCAGCGACGGGGGCCGCGCCCCCGACGGCGCCAUCACCGUCAAGAACCCACGCCGGGAGCCGGGGCGCGAGCACCGCAACGGGGCGGCCAUGAGCGUGCGCGCGGGGAGCGCCCAGGCGGACGGCUCCGACUCCGAAGGCAGUAACGAAACUUCAAUUUGACCAUCAGGAGACCAU